AUGGAUGCCGGCCAAGGGACGCCCAAGCAGAACAGCACUGACGACGACAAUACCGCAAACGAGACAACGCCCCUCAUAGCCAGGGAAGACGAGCCGGUGCUGUACAAAACGUUGAGUGUCUACGCAACAAUCUCAGUUCUCUUACUAGGCGUCUUCAUCUCCAACAUCGACUCCAGCCUAAUCCUCGCAACCUAUGGCCAAAUCUCGUCCGAGUUCAAUGACUUCGAUUCCGGAUCAUGGCUCAUAUCAGGCUUCGUGCUGGCAUCAUGCGUUGUACAGCCUCUCUACGGCAAGCUGAGCGAUAUUUACGGCAGGAAGGUGUGCCUGCAGACAUCCUACAUCCUCUUCACACUCGGCAACGUCGGUCUAUGGUUCGGGCAGACCAUGGGCCAGGUUAUUGCGGCUAGAGUCGUGCAAGGUGCUGGUGCAGCAGGCAUGACCUCCAUGGUCUCGAUCAUCAUCACGGAUCUUGUCCCAAUCCACGAAGUGGCUUCGAUCAGGAGCUACGUGAACGUACUGCAGACUACUGGGCGAAGUUGCGGUGGUGUAGUCGGAGGUGCUCUGACACAGGCGUUAGGAUGGAGAUGGGCUUUUGGGAUUCAGGUCCCGUUCACCCUCAUCGCCAUUCUUCUGGUGCAAUGGAGGCUGCAUAUCACUUCUAGAGACACGACCGAGCAGACGAAAUGGCAGAAGCUGAGACGUAUCGAUUUUGCAGGCGCAAUCUUGCUAUGCGUCAGUAUCUUUGCUGGCUGCUUCAUGCUUGAGACUGGUGGCCAGAAAUUCGCCUGGAAAUCUCCCAUCAUCAUUGCCAUGGGAGUGGUCUUCGGCGUCACUACCAUCGCAUUCGUGGUGUCCUCAAGAUUCGCAGCGGAGCCAAUCUUUCCUCUGCGGCUCUUCACCCACUAUGCAGUUUGGACGAACUAUGUGAUUGGUCUUCUCCAGAUCCUGGUGCAAUUCUCCUUGACUAUGGUCGUUCCACUCUACUUCCAAGUUACUGCAAGGGCAUCUACAGCGGCGGCAGGAGCUUACCUGAUUCCGGCAUUCACUGGUAACACAAUUGGUGGGCUCCUGUCAGGCUACUGGAUCAAGAGCACAGGGCUGUACAAACCGCCAACUGUUCUUGCCCCCAUGCUCUCCAUAAUAGCCGUGACCUUGUGCUUCACACUCUGGAAUGGGCACACGACCGUUCUCGAAUCUUUGGCCAUCUUACCUGGUGGUAUGGCUGCUGGUAUGGUUUCGAGCUCGACGUUCGUUGGAUUGGCAGCUGGGGUGGCUGAAGAAGACAUUGCCGUAGCAGCAUCUGGCCUGUAUCUAUUCAUGAAUAUUGGAGCCAUCGCCGGAGCUAGUGCUGGAUCGGCUGUUUGGCAGACAUCGCUCAGAGCUGGAUUAGCGACUGCUUUGGAGGGAGUGAAGAAUGGACAUGAGAUCAUGCGACGAGCGCUUACAGACAUCACCUACGUUCAGAACGCGAGCAGGAAAAUUCGUAAUCUGGUCGUCCCUGCUUUCAUCUACAGCUUCCACCAGGUCAACCUGCUCCAAUUUGUUUGCGUAACGUUGUGUCUCCUGGCAGCGUUCUUGUCGCCACAGAAGCGGCUCAAGAUCUAG